GCUUUUCUACACUAGAUGGCAAUGGCAUUCUCUGCCCAAAUCUGGGUGCUCGUUUGCGAUUCCAAAACUUCCAAACAGCGAUCAUCACAAAGCUGAGAGAGCAGGUGUCAGCGUCCACGCUCAACCCCACCAACCACAGCGACUAUCGCAAAAUCAAGAAAGGGUUGCCGCUUAACCAAAAAAUUGAAUACGCAGACGCCUGGUCGGUGGUAUUCCGGAUCUGUUGCGAUCAACGUACCUUUUUCAAGGACGACCGAAACGGCGGCAAUUGCGCGCAACGUCGCCAAGGACAAGCAACUGGCGAGUGCAUAUAAUGACGCUCUGCACCACGGAGAUAUUCACGGAUUUCAAGCCACCUCACCCGCCCCUCCCGCCGCCAGAAGGUAAUCCCCCCUCCGUAUCCAGGUCCGCUACCGGACACGGACGCAGGCCCAUUGCAAACGCCGCAGGUACACUGCAGGAUCUCAGCGCGUCGCAGAACCGGAUGGGGAUCAAGCUCGUUACAUGAAUUUCUUGCACGGUUCCAGUCAGACAGAGAUGGCGCUUUCAGGACCCGCCCGGCUGAUAUCAGCGAAUAAUACAGAGUGGAAGUCAAUCGGUCCAAAGGGAAAAGCAACUAUGAUGCUCAGCAUCAACCAGCAGAGCGGUCUUUUGCAGGUGCAUGCAUCAUUAUAGGGGACCACGUCAGGAAUAGG